AUGCACAACGCAACACCCACCACAGCCCCCAAACCCACCGCCGAAGCCGACGUCCUGCUCCUCUACGUGAUCCUGCUAAACGCAGACUCCAACACCAUCAACUGGCCCGCCGUCGCGAAAGCAACAGGAGUAACGCAGCCCACCGCCCGGCUGAAAUGGUAUCGUCUCAAGCAGGAGCUCGAUUUAAAGGUGCAUGCGGGAGGGUUCGAUUACAAGGGGGUGCGGGGUGGUGAGGCUCAGAUUCAUACUCAGGGUCGGGCUCGAGGAGAGGGUGCUGGCGGUGGUACUUCUGCUGCUGCUGCUGAGACCACUGCCCAUGAGGUCGGGUCUCAAUCUACUGCUGCUUGGGGAGAAGGGGCCGGCUCUUCUCUUGAGAAGCAUGAGCAGGAGCAGCAGCCACUACGGCAGACGAACAAGACGCAGAAACAGAAAAAGACGAGCGCGCCGAGGAUCUAUCCGCCGGAGACAUCCUUUAUGUUGUCGGAGUCGGGGUCUGAUGUUGCGGAUGAUGAGGGUGAGGAUGAGGAUGAUUGGGUGGAUGGAACGCAUGGUGGACGGAGGAAGAGCUGUGUGUUUUACCUUGGGGAUCGGGGGGUGAUGCCUGCGGUGGUGAAUGAGGGCAAGUCUGCGUCUGCGACGGCUGCUUGUGCUUCUGCUUCUGAGAUUAUAGCGCCGGAGUUGAGGUUAAUUGAGUCUCGGGAGCGGAUGUCGUGUUGGUCGUCGGAUUCGUCGUUGGUGAGGGUGGGGAUGUGGGGGGAUAGUUCGCAGGGAGAGGAUUGUGCUAUUUACUCUGAUGAGGAUGGAGAGGAUGAGAAGAGUUAA